AUGGACUCGUACGUGCUUUCCGGAAAUUUGGUGGCUUGUGAAGACACACUUCUCCUACUUGGCCGUAACGGGGCAGCCUUCUCCAUUGACUUCUCAACUGAACCUGCAAAGUAUGUGAUCGUGGAGGAGGGAGGCUUGAAGAAGUGGGCGUUCUUCUUGGGCGAGAAACAUACUGGACAGCCACGACUCUUAGUGAACCCAGAGAGAAUGGGUUUAAGGGGUGGCCUUGUCUAUCAGUUGGAUGAAAACGCUCGAGUAUUUUCAUACCCAGUAGAUGGCAACCAACAUGAGGAGUUGGAGCCAGAACCUUGUUUUGCGACGAUCAAUGCUCAUCUUGCUCGCAAUCCUACAUCCUUUGCAGCUUGGAUAUGA